UCAUCCAAACCCUUUUUAUUGUGAAUAACUGUAGUUUCUUAGUCACUUGCAGGCUAGCUCCCUGGACACCACAGACUGCUUAAAGGUGCCUCCUGCUGUCUAACCCAAGAGAAGCAAGACACAAGACACCACAUGGAGUGCCAUUUGUAAUGAACCAACUCGACAUGGGGAAAAGGCCUAGAGGCUCUCAAGACAUGGCUAGAUACUCCAUCUUGUUUUUCAUCCUACUGAGUAUUGUGAUUGACAAGAGCCAAACCUGUUUUUGUGAUCAUUACUCAUGGACUCAGUGGUCGAGCUGCUCAAAAACUUGUAAUUCUGGAAUCCAGAGUAGACAAAGACAAAUAGUAGUAGAUCAGUACUAUUUGGCGUACUCUUGUGAUCAGCUUUGCACCAAGCAGGAGACCCGACAGUGUAACUGGCAAACUUGUCCUAUCAACUGCCUCCUGGGAGAUUAUGGACCAUGGUCAGACUGUGAUCCUUGUGUUGGAAAACAGUUUAGAGUUAGAUCCAUCUUACGCCUCCAUCAGUUUGGAGGAGAACCAUGUACUGAACCACUGGUGACUUCGCGAGCAUGCCUUCCAUCUAAGCUCUGCAAAAUUGAAGUGGUAGACUGCAAGAAUAAAUUCCAGUGUGACAGUGGUCGCUGUAUUGACAGCAAGUUAGAAUGCAAUGGAGAAAAUGACUGUGGAGACAAUUCAGAUGAAAGAAAUUGUGGGAGAACAAAAGCAAUAUGCCCUCGGAAGUAUGACCCGAUCCCGAGUGUACAGCUGAUGGGCACAGGAUUCCAUUAUCUAGCAGGAGAGCCCAGAGGAGAAGUUCUUGAUAACUCUUUCACUGGAGGAAUAUGUAAAACUGUCAAAAGCAGUAGAGCAAGAAAUCCAUACCGUGUUCCGGCCAAUCUGGAAAAUGUGAACUUUGAGGUACAAACCAAGGAAGAUGAUUUGGAAACAGAUUUCUAUGAGGAUUUAAUUCCUUUUGAAAAGAGUAAUAAUCAACAAGCUUCUGGUUCAAGGGGAGACUCGGACUUUUUUCUUGUACCAAUUUUUUAUUUCUCAGGUAAAAUGCAAAGCAGUCGCCAUAAGUCUAGCUUCAAACAAGCUGUUCAAGCCUCCCACAGUAAGGAUUCUAAUUUUAUUAGGAUCCAUAAAGUGAUCAAAGUCUUAAAUUUCACCAUGAAAACUAAAGAUCUGCAGCUCUCUGACGUCUUUUUAAAAGCACUUAACCAUCUGCCCCUUGAAUACAACUCUGCUUUGUACAGCCGGAUAUUUGAUGACUUCGGGACUCACUAUUUCACUUCUGGCUCCUUGGGGGGUGUGUAUGACCUCCUCUAUCAGUUUAGCCGAGAGGAACUAAAGAGUUCAGGUUUAACAACAGAAGAAGCCCGAAAUUGUGUCUCCAUUGAAACAACGAAAGGCUUUUUUAUUUUUUCAAAAACAGAAGUGGAACACCGUUGUACCACAAACAGGCUGUCAGAAAAAUACGAAGGUUCAUUUCUUCAGGGAGCAGAGAAAUCGAUAUCCUUGGUUCAAGGUGGGAGGAGUGAAUAUGCAGCAGCUUUGGCAUGGGAAAAAGGGCGCACUGGGCCAGAGGAGAAGAUAUUUUCUGAUUGGUUAGAAUCAGUAAAGGAAAAUCCUGUUGUGAUUGACUUUGAGCUUGCUCCCAUCAUGGACCUGGUAAGAAACAUCCCCUGUGCAGUGACGAAACGGAACAACCUGAGGAAAGCAUUUCAAGAAUAUGCAGCCAAGUUUGAUCCUUGCCAGUGUGCUCCAUGCCCUAACAACGGCCGCCCCAUGCUCUUGGGCACAGAAUGUUUGUGUGUAUGUCAGAGUGGCACCUAUGGUGAGAACUGUGAACAGCGUUCCCCGGAUUAUAAAUCUAAUGCAAUUGAUGGGAACUGGGGCUGCUGGGCUUCCUGGAGCACAUGCGAUGCUACUUACAAGCGAUCAAGGACCCGGGAAUGCAACAACCCUGCCCCCCAGCAAGGAGGGAAACCCUGUGAAGGGAAGCAGCGCCAAGAGGAGGACUGUACUUUUUCAAUAAUGGAGAACAAUGGACAACUAUGUAUCAGUGAUGAUGAAGAAGUGAAAGAAGUGGACCUUCCUGAGGUAGAGUCAGAUUCAGGUUGUCCUCGGCCAGUUCCUCCAGAAAAUGGAUUUAUCUGGAAUGAAAAAAAACUGUACUCCGUUGGGGAAGAAGUUGAAAUCUCAUGCUUUACAGGAUUCAGAGCUGUUGGAUACCAGUACUUCAGAUGCUUACCUGACAGAACCUGGAGACAAGGAGAUGUGGAAUGCCAACGGACAGAGUGCCUCAAACCAGUUUUGCGGGAAACUCUAACAGUCUCACCAUAUCGAAGUGUGUAUAAAACUGGUGCAUCCAUUGAACUGUCCUGCCCGAAAGGCUUUGUCAUUACUGGGCCUAAGAGCUACACUUGCAGUGGGCAUUCCUGGACACCACCCAUUUCGGACUCACUUACCUGUGAAAAAGAUACUCUGACAAAAUUGAGGGGCCAUUGUCAACCAGGACAGAAACAGUCAGGAUCUGAAUGCAUCUGCAUGUCUCCUGAAGAAGACUGCAGCCAUUAUUCAGAGGAUCUCUGUGUGUUUGAUAUGGACACCAAUCAUUAUUUUACUUCACCGGCAUGUAAAUUUUUGGCUGAAAAAUGUUCAAAUAAUCGGCAACUCCAUUUUCUACAUAUUGAUUCCUGCCAAGAUGGUCCAGAGUUAGAAUGGGGUCUUGAAAGGACAAAACUUUUAUCCAGUAGCACAAAGAAAGAAUCCUGUGGCUAUGACACCUGCUAUGACUGGGAAAAAUGUUCAGCCUCCACUUCCAAAUGUGUCUGCCUAUUACCAUCCCAGUGCUUCAAGGGCGGAGAAAAUCUCUACUGUGUUAAAAUGGGAUCAUCAGUGAGUAAGAAAACAGUGAACAUCUGUGAAAUAGGGGCUGUAAGAUGUGCCAACAGAAAAGUGGAAAUACUGCAUGCUGGGAGGUGUUUGGCCUAACACAAUCACUGGUAAACAGAUUUACUGUCCAGAAAUAACCCCUGCAAAAGGGAAUGUUUGUACAAACAGCAGACUGGCACAUCCUCAUAAGUUCUUAUGUGCUCAUUUCAUGUGAUUAUUUCCCUUGCCUCUGCUAUCUUAGACUCCCCUAUCCACUUCCAGUCCACAACACUGUAGCAUACUGCUAAGUCAUAGUCACAUUAUCUAGUAAAUUCCUCUGUUCAAGUUGUACAAAAAUGAUGGGACUUCUGAGAAGUUUAGGAGCCUAUGCUAUUAAGUAUUCUCACAAGCAGAAAAAGAACAAGACCAUAAUUUUCUUCACUGAAUAAAUAAUUGUAGAAAUUUAAAACUUGUGAAGCAUGUUCUUGAAACCCAAACUUCAUGCAUUCAUUCAAUAAAUAAUUUGUGAAUGCCUCCAAUGUGACAGGUACUAUUUAAGGCCCUGGGGAAUCAAUAGUGAAUAAAACAGACAAAAACCCUUGCCUUCAUGAAGGUCACAUUCAUGUGGAGGAAAAGAUACAAAAAAAAAUUAGAAUAAAAUAGGUUCGUAAAGUGUAUAGUAUAUUUGAUGAUUAUAUUUGCUUUGGAGAAUACAAUGCAGAGAAGGGAGAAUCCUAUUAUUAAACCUUAUUUCCACAGGAUUUAUAGUAAUAUGAAGGAUGACUGGAUUCAAAUGGAAAUUAUCUUAUUUAAAGUAGAUAAGGAUAAAUUUUGGAGUUUCUCUUAGAAAGGAGAAAAGAUACUCUCUUUGCCUCAGCUAAAGGGCACCACAAAGUUUUUAAGCUGAAUUGUGUGAUGGAUGGAAAAUUAUCAGAGAAUUGUGAAAGAAUGAUUUUACAGUAAGUCGUAGCUUUUAUAUUACACCAUAACAAGUAGAUACCCCUUUCCAUCUGAGUUCCAAGGCACAGCAGAGGGAUGGAAAACUGGUGGUUCUUGUGGUUCUGAGAAGGAGCACAUGAAGAGGAAAGGCAGGAGCUCUGAGACCAUUCUGAGUUUUGACCAUGACCCUAUGGUAGGCACCAAAAGGAGACAUAGAUACCUCUCUCACAAGAAGUUUAGGGGGGACUAAGUGGGUAGGAGUAAGGCAAAGCAUCACCCCAAGAAACACAGGGCCUGCCAAUAUUAUAGAACCAAAUUUAGUAAGAACAAGUUCAAAGUUGAUGCCCCACCACUGAUUGUUACAUAAAACUCCUGCCAUCUCUCCUAAUCCAGUUCCUGAGUUCCAACACCAAAGAACCAGACCCAGCAGAUGGAGCAGGGAGAGGCAAGCUAGACAGAGACAGGUUCCUCCCCAUCACUUUUAUGAUGCUGCAGUGAUUGGAAAUGCACAAGAAUAGCCUUCAUGUCUUCCCAACCCCAGACCCUCUGACCCACAAGCCUGACCAAGAAAUUGAGGCAAGAAAGGAGAUAUAAAUUAGACAUGAGAGUGGAAACUUAUACAGGGUCAAUUUUUUAAAGCAGAACCAAUCCAAAAUCUAUGUAAUCUUCCCUAGACUUAUUUGAGGCAAGACAAAAUGGAAUUGGGUUGCUAGGAUAGUGAAAGAUGAACUAGAUGGCUUAAGACAAUGGCAGUAUAUUAUAUCACAGUUCUGGUGGCUAGAAAUUUGCAGUCUUAGUGUGUCAGCGGA